AUGGAGGUCCAGUCCCAGCUGCGCCCAAGGGUGCGUUUUGCAGCGCCUCUCCGCGCGCAGCUGCUGCAGCGCCUGGUCUGGCGUCCUUACGCUUUCCGGGAAGAAAAGCGGUGCAUCUGCACUGUUUGCACUUUUUUGCACUGUUGCUUUUUCCCCUCCCUUAGGCUUUGGGUUACAAAGCAUUCCUGAACGCCUUGAUCCCGUCGAAGCUGCAAGGACGGCUGCAGCAAAAUUCAUUGGUAAAUAUUGGUCAAUAUGAAUUGCCUCGCCGACGGUUUUUGUUUUUUCCCUACGCAGGUUUCUCCGCUGCCCUCCGGUACAAAAAGUCUUGCAGCGGUUGCUUAUGAACCAGAGCUUCGUUUAAUAUUUUUAUUAAAUUUUCUGUUUUACAGUUUCAGAUAGAUGUUUUGCAUCCUUGAGAUAUAAGUGACUUCCCUUCUUCUCUUUCCAUGGUUCGUUUUGCAUAUCUUGUAUCCCUGCAUGUUUUACAAAAACUAUACCAAUCGGUUUUCCAUUAUUAAAGGUAAAGGGACCCCUGGCCAUUAGAUCCAGGUGUGGCUGACUCUGGGGUUGUGGCCCUCAUCUCGCUUUAUUGGCCGAGGGAGCCGGCGUACAGCUUCCAGGUCAUGUGGCCAGCAUGACUAAGCCGCUUCUGGUGAACCAGAGCAGCACACGGAAACGCCGUUUACCUUCCCGCCAGAGUGGUACCUAUUUAUCUACUUGCACUUUGACAUGCUUUCGAACUGCUAGGUUGGCAGGAGCAGGGACCAAACAAUGGGAGCCCACCCCGUCGCGGGGAUUCGAACCGCCGACCUUCUGAUCGGCAAGCCCAAGAGGCUCAGUGGUUUAGACCACAGCGCCACCCACUGACAGAAAACUGGAAUAAAUGUUUAUCUCAAAACUAUGGUUGCUUGUUACGUUUGGAAACUCAAACCCUCUUUGGGUUCUCGUCUACAGCACCACAAACCAGAGUUUGGUAUGUCUGAACAGAACAGGUAUGAGGUUCUUCAGUGAUAAUAUUAGUGAAAUAAAUAGCUCACUUGAUUUAUGAACAGGAUUGCCCACUUUUUAAAACGUGUUAAUACCAUCUGCCUGGGAAUUGAGGUGCUCUAAAGAACAAGUGCAGCUGAGUGCUGUCAGAUAACAGCUGAAGAAGAAAUUCACACAUUUUUAAGCAGUUGUUGCAUUUGAGCAUAAAUAGGUGUAUGGAGGCGCAGGUUGCAGCUACAACAAAGGCGGCAUUUUUCCAUCUCCGCCAAGCUAAGCAGUUGGCUCCUUACCUCUCUCGCCCUGACCUAGCCACUGUGAUCCACGCGACGGUCACCUCCAGACUGGAUUAUUGUCACUCGCUCUACGUGGGGCUGCCCUUGAGACUGACCCAGAAACUCCAGCGGGUGCAGAAUGCUGCAGCGAGACUCCUUACGGGGUCUUCGCUGCGAGAUCACAUUCACCCGGUACUAUACCAGCUGCACUGGCUCCCGGUGGAGUACAGGAUCAGGUUUAAGGUGCUGGUUUUAACCUUUAAAGCCCUAUACGGCCUAGGACCCUCGUACCUACGGGACCGCCUCUCCUGGUAUGCCCCACAGAGAAACUUACGGUCUUCAAAUAAAAACAUCUUGAAGGUCCCAGGCCACAGAGAAGUUAGGCUGGCCUCAACUAGAGCCAGGGCUUUUUCGGCCGUGGCUCCGAUCUGCUGGAACACUCUGUCACAAGAGACUAGGGCCCUGCGGGACUUGACAUCUUUCCGCAGGGCCUGCAAGACAGAGCUGUUCCACCAGGCCUUUGACCAGGGCACAGCCUGACUCCCUCCCUCGGCAAUCUUCGUGGAGCUCUGGCCCAAUGGUUGCCAGUGGCUUGAACUAAUUAAUUUUAUAAUGAAUGAUUUUAGAGUGUUGUUCGUGCUGUACUUUUGUACUGUUUUAUUGUUGUUAGCCGCCCUGAGCCCGGCUUCGGCUGGGGAGGGCGGUAUAUAAAUAAAAUUUAUUAUUAUUAUUAUUAUUAUUAUUAUUAUUAUUAGCAUGAGGAGUUAUGGGCUGCAAACCUGCUUAUACCAUGGCAUUCAGCUUUUGGGGGGAUGCAGGUUCCUCCAUUCAGAAAAUGUUCCCAGUGUCCUGGCCAGGCCUGUGUAUUUUGAGAUGCUCAAAUGCAUGUCGGGCCUCUGCAACGGCUUCUUGCCCCCCAAGCAAUCCGCAUGGGGCAUAGUGAGUCUCGAAUAGGCCAGCACAAACUUGCGGUAAGAGUUGGUGAUUCCCCCCGCCCUACCCCCUUGAGUCUCAGAAGUGCACAAAAAUAAAAAAGCCUCAUCUUGAAGAAUAUGAAUAGAUUGAAUGUGUGGUGUUAAUAUGCCUUGAAAAAUAAACAAAUGUUUAAUAUUUGGAAUAUUUAGUUUGCCAGGUUCCAAAAUACAUUUGCAGUAUAGUACAAAAUUCAUAAAAAAGGUAAAGGGACCCCUGACCAUUAGGUCCAGUCGCGGACGACUCUGGGGUUGCGGCGCUCAUCUCGCUUUAUUGGCUGAGGGAGCCGGCGUACAGCUUCCGGGUCAUGUGGCCAGCAUGACGAAGCCGCUUCUGGCGAACCAGAGCAGCGCACGGAAACGCUGUUUACCUUCCCGCCAGAGUGGUACCUAUUUAUCUACUUGCACUUUGACGUGCUUUUGAACUGCUAGGUUGGCAGAAGCAGGGACCGAGCAACGGGAGCUCACCCCGUUGUUGGGAUUCGAACCACCGACCUUCUGAUCGGCAGGUCCUAGGCUCUGUGGUUUAACCCACAGCGCCACCCGCGUCCCACAAUUCAUAGUUGCUAGGUAAUUCUUUUUUGUAUCACUAUUGCAGAAAACUCGGGAGAAAAGGAUCCCACGGUACCACGGAGAAUGCAACACACCUCCUGUUUUGGUGAGUAGUAUGCUUUCAGUCUGGAAACUUAUUUCUCCCUCUGUCCAGUUGGCCGUUCUUAAUAGUUCCCUUAAAAUGUGCCACAAAGCAUAUAGAUCAGGGGUAGGCAACCUAAGGCCUGAGGGCCGGAUCCAGCCCAUUCGCCUUCUCAAUCCAGCCCGCGGAUGGUCCGGAAAUCAGUGUGUACAUGAGUAGAAUGCGUCCUUUGAUUUAAAAUGCAUCUCUGGGUUAUUUGUGGGGCCUGCCUGGUGUUUUUACAUGAUUAGAAUGUUUGCCUUUAUUCCGUGAUGCUGACCAGCUCCUGCAGCCAAUGGGAAGCUGUGCACGCCUCCUCUGCACCGGAAAUAGCGUUUGUGCAUGUGUGUGUGCGUGCGUGCUUACUCCGGCACACCGCAGCGUCUGCAGGACCAUGAACCGGCCCAAGCCACAAAAACUUUGCCGACCCCUGAUGUAAAUAAAAGCUUGCUGUCUCCAUCUUUCAUUGUAUCAUGAGACUUUGCAUGAUGGGCAUAGCAGCCGUGGAUAUAAAGGUAAACGACCCCUGGUUGUUUGGACGGUAAAGUCCAAUCAAAGGCGACUAUGGACUUUCAGGCCGAGGGAGCCGGUGUAUGUCCAGACAGCUUUCUGGGUCAUGUGGAGAAGCAUGACUAAACUGCUUCAGGCGCAAUGGCACACUGUGCCAUUGCACACAGAAACACUGUUUACCUUCCUGCCACAGUGGUACCUAUUUAUCUACUUGCGUUGGCGUGCUUUCAAACUGCUAGGUUAGCAGGAGCUGGGACAGAGUAAAGGGAGCUCACUCCGUCGCGGGGAUUUGAACUGCCAACCUUCUGAUCGCCAAGCCCAAGAGGCUCAGCAGUUUAGACCACAGCGCCACCCAUAUGACUACAGCUCACAUUGGGUGUUUUGUGUUCUUUGGAGCUGAGCCUCAAAUCAUUCUCCACCAGCAUGUAACCAGCGAAUUCACAUUUGAGGGGUUAAAGCUAGAUAGGGAACCAGUAGUGUCCUCCAAGAAACAUGCUCAGUCCUAACAGUUAUGUACAUUAGUAACUUCAAGUUUGUCUCGUUCUUCCUUUGGUACAGAGGGAACACCCCCAAGGACUAUGACCCUGGAGUGGACUUCAGUUUCCUGGCGACAGAGAGCCCAGGUAAGCUAUAACGUCAAUUGAAGAGAAGUCAACUUCCAAGCAGACUCUUGCUUAGCAGAAAAAGAACGGCCUUAUCUGGGAAGGGGGGGAAAACCCAGAUGCCCAGAAGCCACUGGUGCAUGCUGGCAAGUUACUGCUUCCCACAGUGCAACUCUAUACUAUCUUAGAUAGUCUGGCUUCUUUAGCCUAUACUAUCCUCCACCAGGGCCAGGGCUUUUUCAGUGAUGGCUCCGACCUAGUGGAAUGCUCUGUCCCACGAGACUAGGACCCUGCAGGACUUGAUCUCCUUCCGCAGGGCCUGUAAGACAGAGCUAUUCCGCCUGGCCUUCAGUUUGAAUUAGCCUGAUCCUCUAUUCCCUUUUCCCUUUCUUCUUCUAUGAAGAAACCCUUUCUGGGACCCCACACUUAAAUUCUUCCCUGGUCUCCUUGCUGGCCCUAGUAGGACCAACUUGGCCAGUUAGCCCUGGUGAUCAUUUGAUGUUUACUGACUGGGGUUCCUGCCCCCCCCAUGACCCCUGAAUUUUUGAAUUUUAUUGAAAUUGAUGGUACGUUUAUAUUGUAUUUUAUGCUGUUUUUAAGUUGCUUUUUAAUCAGUGUUUUACAUUUGCUGCUAGCCACCCUGAGCCUGGUUUUUAAAAAUAUUAUUAUUAUUAUUACAGUGGUACCUCGCAAGACGAAUGCCUCGCAAGACAAAAAACUCGCUAGACGAAAGGGUGUUUUGUUUUUUGAGCUGCUUCGCAAGACGAUUUUCCCUAUGGGCUUGCUUCGCAAGACGGAAACAUCUUGCAAGUUUGUUUCCUUUUUCUUAACACCGUUAAUACAGUUGCGACUUGACUUCGAGGAGCAACUCAUAGAACAGCGGUGUGGUAGCCUUUUUGAGGUUUUUAAAGACUUUGGUGAUUUUUGAAGCUUUUCCAAAACUUUCCCGACACCGUGCUUCGCAAGACGAAAAAAAUCGCAAGACGACAAAACUCGCGGAACGAAUUAAUUUCGUCUUGCGAGGCACCACUGUAUUAUUAUUAUUAAAUAUAGUUGUGCAUUGUUUCACAGCAACUCUCUUAUUCUCACAUGCUUCCCCCUCACCCACCAGCAGCUAUUUUGGCUGAAGGAAAUGUUCCCAUACCAGAAGUUAUAGUUUCUGCAUAGGCUACAGCUCAGACAGGGCCAAAUAUCCUUUCCCCCCCCCAGGCAUGUAUUGGAAUACACAAGGGCUAAAAGUGUGGGUGUGUGCAAGCCAUGCAUAGAUUCGUAUCAGAUGUGAAGGUAUUCCUGGGCUCGGGCAGGACGCUUCCAGCCGUGUUUGCGAGUUGUCGUCUGCCAUCCCUGCUGAACAACAGAUUGGCUAAAGAGAAUUGUUUGCACAGCCCGUUUGUAUGUGGAGCGUCCCAUCUUGCAAUCCAGAUGUUUGAAUGCUGGCACAGUGCUUUGGGGCAAUGAAAUGGAGAGAGGCUAAACACACGUCCAAUUUUAUUUAAUUGGCUUCAGACCCAUUAUAUACAAACCUAAUUUGACAAUCAAUUUUAUGUACAAGUUGAGCAAGCCUUUUAAAAAGGGUUAAAUUACAAAUCUGUAAAUCUUACAAAGUGCAAAUUUUAGAACAUUUCCCACCAUGCUGUACAUCAGUUCCGUGUUAGCCAAUAUACAUACAUACAGACUUAAAAUUAUUAAACCUUACCAUCAAAAACACAGUGUAUUAUUUAACCUUAGAAGCACCCCCCCAAAAAAGAGGAAAGGUAUUGCACAGACUAACAGAAAUAUUUGCAGUUGUUACACAAGGACUAGUUGAACCUAAAUAUAUCAAAAACACUUCCACCCAAAAUCCGAAGGCAUUUUUGGCAUUUAAAACCCAUUUGUAAUCACAAUUGCACUAUCAGAAUAAUCAGUAUGCGAUUAUCAUUUGCCUGUAUAUAUACAUAAGGCUUAGUGUCCUGUUUCUAUUUAAAUUGUGGUGUGUUUUAAGCAAAUGCAGAGGCACGUGGUAAAUGAAUUUUUGUUUUCUACUUAGAAAAAUCGGUUUUAAAUAGCAGCACAAUUUCCAGGGCAGGCUGCUAAUUAACAAAGCUGGGCUAUUCAAAACUGCCAUUGAGCAGUACAAAAACAUCCUCCGUAUUCUUUUUCCUUGUAGCAUUGCGGUGGGGAAGAACAUGCAUGCAAGCAAGAGGGGAUUGGGGAAAGUCAACAACAAAAUGACCCUGCUCCUCUCAUGUCAACAAUGAUCAUUACUUUCCCUACAUGCUCUUGCACGGUGCUGCCAGAUUUCGGGAAAAUGCCAUUUUUGCUCCUUUCAAAGCUCUGUUUAGUGUUCUCAAAGUGAAGACUUUUCGUUGACAUGCUAGAAAGUGGCACGAGGAACCUGAAUACUUCUGUACAGGAGUUUACAGAGAGGCCAGCGAAGCCUUUGGUUUCCUGGUAUGACCCAUGCCAUUGGGGUAGCACAGGACACAGACCUAGCAGUUACAGCGCAGGUGGGGAACCCGAAAUCGCACACCCGUCAUGUAACCCUAAGCCAAACCACGACUGCAAGAGAAGAUGAUGAAAUGGCAGUAUUCUCCAUAAGAAGAGCAGCUGCUGCUUCUCCUAAGGGUAGUACUGCCCUACCCUUCAGCUAAGCCAGACAUACACAAACUCGGCCCUCCAGAUGUUUUGGGACUACAACUCCCAUCCUCCCUGACCACUGGUCCUGUUAGCUAGGGAUGAUGGGAGUUGUAGUCCCAAAACAGCUGGAGGGCCGAGUCUGCCUAUGCCUGAGCUAAGCCAAGGUUUGGCUUAGCAUCACUUCUGAAGACAGGCUUCCAUUCUCUGAAUGGAGUAGUUGCAGCCGUGAAAGGACUCAGUCCACAAGCCCAACUCGGCAGUGGAGGGAAGUUCUACACAGAUCGAAGACGGAUAAACUUCCAUGUGCCCAAUAUUUCCAUUGACCCACAGCCAACGUGAUGCCUUCAAGGCGUUUUCGGACUGAAACUCCCAACAUUCCCCAGCCAUUGGCAACAGUGACCGGGUCUGAUGGCAGUGCAUCCAACGACAUUGUGAGGCCACCAUGUUGGCUUUCCUUGAUUAUUUUCUUCAAAAGUCAGAAGACUCAUAAGUUACUCAGAGUUUUGCUGGGAGGCCUGGGAGGCCUUCCAAAAGAACAAGCAUGUGAACAGUUCCCACAAUUUCUCUAGUUUGCUCCCCUGAAUUAGUCUUUGUUUACCAGCCUGACAUUUCUUUACCGUUAUUUUUUUUAAAAAAUCCAAAAUAGCCAUCAACAUAAUGCCCCCAAACAAUACACUAUAGAAACCCACCCGUAACCACAUAAUUACAUCACCUAGUUUUUUGAAUUAAAAAAAGAAAAGGUGACUCAUUCCAGAAUAUUCAUCAAUACUCCUUCACUUUUAAAUCUUAAUGAACCAGUUUCACAUUCAUAAAUGUUUCAAUGCUUCCAGAUUAUCUUUGGUAUUGCUACAAUAACGACUGCUUUCAUUUUAACUUGCUCCCACAUGUAUAAGCACAUUCUCAAUUUCAGCCCUGUGUGAAAAUUGCUUUAAUCCCUGAAAUCCCAGUUGAUCCCUAUGAUAAGCAGCAAAGCUAUUUCCAAUCAGAAUUUCUACACACCCGAGCCAGAUUUAUUAAAACAAACCCACUAAAUACUUUUUUUAAAAUAACCUUUGUUAAAGAGCACAAGACAAGAGCAUUGAUCCUUUAAAUAAAUAAAUCAGAAGACAUGGGGAAACCAGUGGCCUGCAGAGAUGUUGCUGGACUAAAAACUCCUAGAUCAUCCUGGAUCUUUGGCCGUGCUGACUGGGGUUGGGAGUUGAACAAAAUCUGGCAGGCCAAAGGCUGUUCAUCCCUGAAAUAAAUGACCCAAUUUCCAAAGACAUCUGCACAAAAGUCAAGGAAUAAACUGAAAAUUGCUUAUAUUUCUCAUGCAGUUCAACAUCUUGCCAGCCUGGAAAGAAAUCUGAGCAAAGUGAUCCACUCACUUCAAUCAGUUUUGCACAUAGUCCGUUAGAGCGUGAUAAUAAAAUAACAACUUAUCGCCCGGUUCCAUAAAAGACCGUGUUUUAAACGAUACUCUUCCAACAAGACUUUGCCCUGGAGGUCAAGAUUUCCCCAUGCAAAUUCAGAUCUAAAACCAAGGCCUCUGGCUUUAACCAUCAAAGAACGCUCUGGAAUCCCAAGCAAACAGAUCCUUCAGCUCUCACCCAAAACUAUGGCGCUCCAUGUGUAGGAAACUGUGGCUCCCACUUGGUCCAAAGAAAUAACGAAAAUGCAGGUAGUGCUUAGAUUCUCCCAUUUACUUCUGCUGUAUCUGAAAUGUCCUUCGAAAAAGACACAGCCCUGUGCACAACCAUCUCUUCCCCAUUACCAAAGGAUCCGCAACAUUAGCACAGCGCUGAUCACUUUUGGGAGUGUGCAGGUAGGUUUCAGCCUUGCACAACUCCCCGCUGCUGGAGACAGCAUCUCCGCACACCACACUAAGCACUGUUUGCAUGCGCUGGACCCGGAAUCGCCAUCCCUUUGUGUAAAAAUAUGCUACCGUGCAAAAAGAACUGCAAUUGCUGGAUCAGGUGCCUAGAUAUUGCACGUUUUCUUUUCAGAAUGACCCUACCUCUCAAGUUUAA